AUGGGUCGCGGACCCAACGUCUUCUCGACACCGCCUGGGGUUAUCCGGCAAGCUAGAGAUUUUCUUAUCUCUCGAGCUGUCCUUCCAACUUGUCGCUUCCUGCUCAUCUCUGUCUCGUCUGAGGGUCUGAGUGCUUGCGUCGGAUCCGCUUGUCUGUCUGUCGUUCGCCGAUCUGAAGACCGUCAAUUCGGCUCUUUGCCUAUCGGCUCAUCUGCUCGUCUCCCCGUCGACUAG